ACUGGAAACCGAUAACAUGCGAGCACAAGUGCAGUUCUAAACCUUUUGAGGUUUUUGUGUGUGGUUUUUUUGGGAGCGGGGGAGGCGGCGGCACGACAGCUUCAUUACCACGGGGUUUGUGUCGUAUUUCGUGGCGAAGUCGACAAAACUGUUAAUAAGUGAUAUGAUUUCCUUACACCUGACGUCACUGCUCAGUCCCACGAGCGACCGAGCUAACUGCGUCACGCCGCACCGCCUUGAACGCCAGCGCGUCGUUCGCUUCUUACUUUUGAGGGGUGCCUUUUUUAUUUAUUAUUAUUAUAAUUGUUAUUAUUAUUUCUUCUUACUCGCCGCCCUGGCGUUCAAGCUACACGUGUAAGUCUUGAGUUUGAUUUUCAGCUGGGUCGACGGACAAAUUGUUUCUUGCGCUGAGUGGAGCCUGUGCUCUUGUAGCUGCGUACUGCUCAGACAGCAUGGCGGAUUAUACAUGUAGUCUUUAAGAUGUUUUCGAAUCCAUAACCACACAGACAGCCCUUUGGAAAAUGGAGCAGCAAGCUCUGGUGGACUUGUUAGAGUGUCCCCUGUGUUUCGAGCGGCUUGAUGUGUCGGCCAAGGUCUUGCCUUGCCAGCAUACCUUCUGUAAGCCCUGCCUGCUGAGACAGGAGGCAUCGGUCUCCCAGCUGCUCUGUCCAGAGUGCGGCACGCCUGUCCAGGCCAGGUCAGUGGAGGAGCUGCCCGUUAACCUCUUGUUAGUGCGGCUCCUGGAGGGGCUCCCGGGCUCCGUGGGGCCUGACAGGGGCAGGCAGUGUGCCGGCUUCAUGGUGCCCUUGUUCAGGGAAGCCCAGCAGCAGGAGUCACCGGAUAUCUUGCACAGGGAGCAGCAAGGGCUCAGUGAGAUUACUUCCAGAACUUUAUACAACAGAGGGGACACUGUGGGCGAGCUGGCCAUCACCACCAGCUACAGUAUCGCCCAGAGACACAAGGUGGAAGAGAACUGGCAACAUGGCAACAUUAACAACAGCAGUGGGUCGGUCACUGCUAAUGUCAUGGAGGGUGUCUCGCAGUCCUUACUGCAGUAUGAACCUCUGGCUCUCUGCAGGGCCCUGUAUGACUUUAACCCCAAAGAGAUGGAUCUGGAGGACAGUGUGUGCUGCCUUAGCUUCCUCAAGGGAGACAUCCUGACUGUUAUCAGACGGGUGGAUGAAAACUGGAUUGAAGCUAAACUAGGGGACAAAGUUGGGAUUUUCCCUCUCAAUCUAACAGAGCCAAACUCUGUGGCUGCCAAACUCUUGGAGGGAAAGAGUCGGAAAGGGAGUGUCUCAGCAGAAUUAACCCAUCCAGCCAGGAGUAGGGGGAGCAGCAAGGCCACGGACACAUCAAACAGGACCACCCAUUUUGGAGUCCCAGCAGUAUCCCCAAUUUUCAAUGCACUGACCCUCCCCAACCAAGGGAAACAACCCCGAAUGAGUAGCACCCUUUUUCAGACAGCCAAAGGACAGACUGCUAAUAUUGGUGCCUUCAACAGUGUCAACCAUCAGGGUCAGGGCCAACCGCACCAGCUCUCAGCUCCCUUCGCUGUGCAGGGCUCCAGUCAAUCCUCUAGGGUGACCUCCCAUCACGUGAAGCGCCGGUCUGAGAUGACACAAAGACACCUGUCACAGAUCGAGAAGAAGAUGAACAGCGACACUCCUCCUACCAUCACCAUGGCUCUAGUCAACCCUCAGACAGCAUCUGCCUCUGCAGACAGCAAAACCUCCUCCACCCAGCAGCUUUCCAUCAGCGUGUGUGCUGCCCUUUACUCCUACAAGCCACGUCGAUCUGAGGAGCUGGAGCUGAGGAAGGGGGAGAUGGUGGGGGUUUAUGGCAAAUUCAAAGAUGGCUGGCUCCGUGGAUUGUCUCUAAGAACGGGCAAAGUAGGCAUUCUGCCUAGCAAUUAUGUCACACCUGUGCUCAGAACCUCCGCGAGACUUUUGGAGACCAAAGCAGCAACUGCAUCAUCUAGCACAGUAGCUGGAAAGAGACCAACAACCUCCAAGAAUCCUGCUGUGGUCCUUGCUCUGGAUAGGGUGAAUACAGAUGGAACAGCGUACUCAACAGCACAGGUCCCAUCUGUCCCAAAUGGGUCACAGCAUGCAGUGUCAUCCGCUGGCACCAGAAAAUCGUCCUUGUAUGGUGGGGCGCCAGGUUGGGACACUGUAAGGCGAGUCUUUAAUCCACACAGAGGCUCAACCCAACGAGGAAAUCAAUACACUCAUAAUUCCAAUGCAAAUUUCUCAACCCACUCACAGAGCUUUGCUCAAGUUCAGGCCUCUGGGUACUCACCUGCACUGCAAAGGAAGAAACACAGUAGCACCCUCCCCAUCCCUGGCCGACCACUGGGCUGGAUUUCUGAGACGACAGCAUCAUCUGCUGGCACUAUCUUCAAGGACAGAGACUUAACAGGCCCUCCAGAUGCAACAUUUCAGCACAACAAACAGCUUCCAAAUGGCCCUCACUCAAUACUAGUCAAACCUGACUCACUCAAGAACAACACAGACAAGCCAGCAAAGUCAGUGCGGUUCCUUACAGAGGAAGACUCCCUUCCUCCAAGACUCCAAACCUCUUCUUGGUCUUCUGGGAAUCAGGUUGCCUCAGAUGGCCGGCCCGGCCCCCCUCCUCUAGAGGUGUGGGCUCCAUCACUUACGCUUGGUAGAGACGGACCAGGAAUCAUUCUUAAAGAGGGAAAAGCUCCUGUUUUCAGAAAAGGCCUCGAAACGGUCGUCUCAGAUCUGAACUCCAACCCACAGAAACUGUUGUCAGCACAGUCGUCACUAUCAGCAGCAUUGAGUCAGUUCAGCCCCAGCAGACACAGGGUGACGACUACAUAUUUAGCCCAGACAGACUCUGAGCUCAGUCUGUUACAAGGGGAGCAUGUACUGGUCCACCGGCCUCGACCAGAUGGACGUGUUCUGGUUACUCAGGAGAGCAGUGGCCAGACCGGCUUGUUCUAUAGCAGUGUUUUACAGAUUCUAGAGAGGCUCAGCUGACUGUAUUUUAGUGCUGUUUAUUAGUGUACCUUUCUGUGUUCUCUGUGGUCAAAUGGCCAAAUGACUUGACCAAUCUGCUGAAUGACAGGCCUGCACAUGCCGUGUUCUGUAAUACUGCCAAAACGACAAUCCUGCGAAGGUAUUGUGUUAUUGCCCUUGAGAUUUUGAAUGCAUUAGAGAGUGUGGUUUAUUGUCCAGAGCUAUUUUUGUGACUUUCAGUGUAUGUGCAUGUUUGUUACACAUGUACAAAUAUAAGAUUUGCACAAAAACCCACCUAAUGACUGUUCCCUGUUUAAUACCUUUUGUUACACACAUUGGUGAGUGCCUUUUGUCAAAACCCACAAAGAAUAUAAAUGAACAAAUUUAUGAAACUAUAUGAUAUACAUGUAACUGUUUAUGUGGUAAUAAAUAAAGCCUGCGUAACAUAGCUUGGU